AUGGAAAAAGCUUUAGAACGAGCUUUAGAUCGUGCAGAGUGUGUCAUUGAAAGUAUACGGCAGAGACCCCCUAAACGUACAGAGUCAUCUAGUGGGGGGAAAUCUCUCCAUGAAAAACUGUAUGACCUAUAUGUCGAAGAAUGUGGAAAAGAGCCCGAGGUUACGGAGGAAUUAAUAAGCAAUGUGAACUUGUUAGAAAAGCUUGUUCAGAGGGAGUCCUUGUCCCGUUUGGUGGUCAACCUGUACCCAGGAAAGCAGGGCUAUUCGCUGGUGCUCAAGGGGCCAAGUGAAUCACAUUCAGAGACCAUUCGACUGCCUUACAAAGUAAGGACAUUUCUAGAAUACCUGGAUGCAGAGGAAUUGCCUCCUGCAUUGGUGGAUCUCCUGGAAAAGUCCGAACUGAACAUGUUUCACAGUGGGUGUGUCAUAGCAGAAGUACGGGACUAUAGGCAGGGCGGUAAUGCAGAGCCCCCUGGCUACCAAAGCAGGCAUGUCCUCCUACGCCCAACGAUGCAGACAUUAGCCUGCGAUGUAGAGUCCAUAGCCAGCAAUAACCAGGAAUGGACCCAGGAAGACAAACUGUUACUUGAGAGCCAGCUGAUCUUAGCUACAGCUGAGCCCCUGUGUCUUGAUCCUUCUGUAUCAGUAGCCUGCACUGCAAACAGGCUGCUCUAUAACAGGCAAAAGAUGAACACUCCCGCCAUGAGAAGGAACUUCAAGAGGUACCCCACAGCCUCCCCGAAUGACCUGCAGGAGCCAUCUUGUAGUCCAGACCCUCAAAAAAAAAGCAAGGCAAGUCCAGCAGCUGAGCAAAAUGACCUCAAAAUUUCCAAAGCAGGAAAUUGUGUGGAUAUAUGGAACCAGAGACCCUGUGACUUGGCAGUCCCUUUUGAGGUGGAUGUAGAGAAAUAUGCUAGAGAGGAGAGGUCUGUCAAAUACGAUGACUCACCACUAGCAGACUGGCCAGCCUAUGGGGUAAAUGAUGAUAUUUCUCUAUUUGGAUGUGAAGCUGGUGAUCAGUCCCAGACAACAAAGCUGACCUUCAUGAAGUCUCUUAAUGAUCCAUUUAUCUCUGGAAUAGAAAGUGCACCUAAAAAAGCCAGAUGUGGGAGACGUGUGUUUCAGUUCCGGUCCUCCAAAGUUGACCAUUGCUAUAGUUUGAUGCCUGAGUCAAGCAUUGACACUGGGGAAGCAGAGAGUCUGUUCGAGGAACUGGAGCCACUGAGCCCUGAAUGUACCUUCCAGGUGUCACAGGGCUCCAGCGGCUCAGCCCCUGUGAGCCAGCUUUCUGUGCAGAAAGAAGCAGCACAGCCUCUGGCCUUGGCAGUUCAGUCUUCAGUACCUAGGGAGGGAGUCCAGCACACCCCUCCACCCAUCAGCCUUCUCUCCAGCUCAGGAAAUAGUUCCUCAGGUAAUAUCAGUUUGGCUCCCCAGCAGGCAAGCUGCAUUCGCCUUCUUAAAAUGCCAUCUCCUGUCCCUGCUUCAAAGCCACUGAGUCUUCCCCAGAAACCCUCUGUGGAAGCGAACCAUGUUAGCACACUUCCUGCAGCCUCCCUGUGUGCUGCCAACUCAGCAGAAACAAUUGUGGCCAGUCAUGUCAAGCCCAAGUCUGCUGGGCCCGACCUCAUCAAAUUGGCAGUCCCUGUUCCUGCAGGGACUGUGGUGAGAGUUUCUACAGCCACGAGGAGCUCUACUGCUAGGGCUAGGGCUCCUGUACCAAUUAGGCCCAGCCACCUGUCCUCAAGAGGCCAGCCACCAAGUAUAGGACCCACUGUGCCACAGGCUGCUUCUCAAGGAGGAGUUCAGUAUAAUAUAGACCUUUCAAGAUUUAAGCCCAUUGGUGUACUUUGGGUUCCAAAUGGUGUUGACAUUUGGAGAAGCCCGGAAACACAGCGGCAGAUUUGCCAGUUGAUCUCAGCACCACAGCUUCAGCAGCCCCCCACUACUCUUCAGCAGCGCAUGUUGCAGGGUUCAAUUGCACAAGGUUCGGCCAGUCAACAAACAGCCUUUUCUGCUCAGCAAGCUGCUGUCAUUAGCCGCAAUGAGGUCGGAAGUGUUCUGCAGCCCCAGAUCAUGGUGCAGCCUCAGCCUGCCUCUGCCCAGACAGGACCUGGGCAGAGCCGCCCAAAACACGUGGUCCAGCUCUCCACUGCCUUCCCACAGCAGCCGCAGCCCCAGCAGGUAAGGGUCAGAGUCUUGCCAUCCCCAGUGGCAGCAGCACCCCAAACAGCUCAGCAGGGUGGGUGCCCGCAGGUAGCAGGCCAGGGCAAAGGCAAACAGAAUGGAGGCCUGCCCCGCCCUCCCAAAUCCUGA